UUCGAACGGCGUGGUGCGAGUACCUCUGUGCCGGUUUGUGUGUUUUUUGCCAAUUAUUCCUCCAACUUCUUCUCUGCUCUUCCGCACCUCCGCGCGCCCCCCUCGCCAAAUGCAUUCGUCGAUUUUGCUAGCAGCACAGAACUUGGCCACCAAGUUCAGUCUACUGAGCCAAGUCGGACGGGCAACAGCUUCGGCAGCGCAGCAGCAACGUUCUUCAUUCCACACGUCCAAAAUGGUCCAGAUUAAGGAGGGUGACAAAAUUCCAUCGAUCGAUCUGUUCGAGGAUUCGCCGGCCAACAAGGUCAACAUUGCGGAUCUGUGCGCCGGCAAGAAGGUGAUUCUGUUUGCCGUGCCCGGAGCUUUCACCCCCGGCUGCUCCAAAACCCAUCUGCCCGGUUAUGUGGACAAAGCCGGUGAUCUCAAGUCGGCCGGCGUGGCCGAGGUCGUGUGCGUUUCCGUGAACGACCCGUUCGUGAUGUCGGCCUGGGGCAAGCAGCACAACGCCGGCGGUAAGGUUCGCAUGCUCGCCGAUCCGGCCGCCGUUUUCACCAAGCAGCUGGAACUGGGUGCCGAUUUGCCGCCGCUGGGUGGGCUGCGCUCGAAGCGCUACUCGAUGGUGCUCGAGGAUGGAGUCAUCAAGACGUUGAACGUCGAACCGGACGGCACUGGGCUGUCGUGCUCGCUGGCUGAUAAAAUUAAGGUUUAAACAGGAAUCGGAAAUCGGAAACCGCAGAAGAAAAAAACCAUCUAGAUGUGAGACAUGUUUGCACUUUGAAAGCACCGCCCCGAUAUUCGAAUUUAUAACUCGUGUGUGAUCCACUGCAACACCGCACACUGCGAACGAGAUGAAGCAAUCUCCUUGGAUGUUCCCCGAAAAUUUUCCUGAACACACUGAAUGGAUCAAUUAAUAGACUAAUCUGGCUACAAUAAAAUAAAUUGUUAAUGCAUUGGCCCCUUUAUUCUUAUAGCUGUAAUCAAAUUACAAAAACAUGGUAUUGACUGCAUGUCAUCCUUUAUUAGAUGUUUGUUUUCUAUCAAUCGCCACUUUAAAAAGGAAAACAUUUAAGUGUGGAAAAAUUAAUGCGUUUGAGCAUAAAGCUAGUUUUGUAGGUUCUUAAAAUCAAUAAAAGUUAUGCCAUAGUUAAA